UCCAGCUGUUUAGUUUCUUUCUUUUGAUCCAUCAGUCUAUAAAUAACACCUUUCUUUUCGCUCCUCCUAAUUGGCUUAACCAACACGGAUUUACAUUUAUUUUAAAGCAGACGAUAGACUUGGACACUAUCUGUACACCACUGAGGCUGAGUGCUGUUGAACAUUAGGUGUUUACUCUUCGUUUUUUGUUGGACCAGAAUAUGCCAUCAGUUUCAUUCAGCAGCCUCAUUAGGACACACAUGCCAUUUCUAAUGUAUUCCUCAGAGCUGAUUAUUGAGGCUGGAAUUUGUCCAGUUUAAUUGAGGCUAGGGGUGAACAUGUAUGUAUGUGACGUAUGUUGGGUCUUUAAUAACAGGGGGCAGAGCGGCCAGCAGGACAUAAAGGCAGGAGUCCUGGUUUUGUCCAGAGAGACAGAGUCUGUCUGUUAACAUGUCCAUCACGGUGUUUCUGUCAGUGCUCCUGAUGCUGGGGGGGCUUGGUGGGGCAGUGACAACUGACCUGCGGGUUUUUGGGAAAUCAGCCCAUGGAGGUAAAAGUUUGCUGAGCAGCGGUGAUGGGAGGCACGUAGUGAGGAAAUAUUUGCACCAACAGACCAAAAGUGACUCCCAAAGGAGUUUGGAUAUCGAAACCUUCAACAUCCACUCAACCCCCCCCAGCAAAAUAAGCCUCCCCUCCAUCGUCAAGCUGUACCCACCCACCGCCAGACCCCUCCACCUGCACGCCAACAUGCCCAUGCGCUUUGGGAGGCAGAGCAGUUCCAGUGAGGACAGGGGCCAAAAAUCCACCCCCAACAUGCCACAGAGGUUCGGACGGGCUUGGGAAACGGUUCAAAUGUGUGCAGGGUGCCCAAAAGUCCGAGGGGUAGUGAACACAGUGCUGCCUCAGAGGUUUGGGAGGAGCAGUCUGUACUGGCUUUUAAAGACGAUGGUCAAUGAUCAGUUACCGAACAAUGGCAUGCACUGGAGUAAAGAUGUGGACCUCACAGCCAGUUCAGAAGAGAUGGAGACACAGGACAAAUCUUUUAAAGAGUGAUGAUGAAUGUAAAUAACAAAAUAGUGUUUUUAGCUCUAAAGGAAAAUAUUUAAGACAAAAUUUUGACUGAAUAAGUUGAUUUAAAGAUGCCAAUGUAUGAGUCUCUUUCAAUAAAAAAAUGUGUUGUGACAAAUAAAACAUUAACAAUAAAACUUUCAAGCUGUA